AUGGCACUAGGCUGGCUGCUUAAACCCAUAGCUCUAGCCUCCACCUUGGCAUUAUCGACCCUGGGUAUAUUGUCUAGGAAAUACCAGCGAGCGAGAUUUUACUACCAUCUCACAUUGUAUGUAUCAACGCUGGGAGCAUUGAGUCUGUGGGGUGUGGUGGUCAGUAUUUUAGCUACUGUAACUGGACAACGGCUGAACAUCAAUUACCUGGUUGCCCGAUCAUUUUACCUCACUUGUUCACCUGCCGUGGGAAUAACAUUUGAUGUAGAAGGGGAAGAACACUUGACGGGGCUGUUGACUGCUAGAGGAGGGAAGGAACAGAGUGCAGUCUUGGUAGGGAAUCAUCAGAGUUUCCUCGAUAUCCUUUACUUAGGAAGGAUAUUCCCUAAGAGAGCAGCUAUAAUGGCUAAACGUGAAUUGAAAUAUACGCCUGGUUUAGGACAGUUUAUGUCACUGUCCGGAGCGGUAUUUGUAAAUCGAUCUAAUCGAGUCGACGCUAUGGCUGCUCUGCAAGCCGCCGGAGACGAUAUGAAGAAGAAGGGGGUAUCGUUAUGGGUCUUUCCCGAAGGUACAAGAUCAUCCUCAGCCGAACCCGCUUUACUCCCCUUCAAGAAAGGUGCCUUCCACUUGGCUGUACAAGCCCAAGUCCCCAUCGUUCCUGUAGUGGUAGAGAAUUACCAUAGGUUGUUCGAUGGGAGAACCAGGUUUGAAAAUGGCAAAUUGAAGAUCAGGGUUCUGCCACCCAUACCUACUGUUGGACUCACUGCGGAUGACGUUACCAAGUUGUCGGAAGAUACUAGAGAGAAGAUGUUGGAGACUCUCCGGGAGAUAUCUGAACCUGGACCUUCAUCUGUUGUCAAACAUGUACCAACAGUAGUAGAGCAACCUGAAUCUGAACCUGCUAUACUGAAAGAGAAAGAGAAGGAGCAUGUUGAAGAUCAAGAGAAGGGUACGAUACAUCUCGAUAUCGAGAAAUCUCCUAAGUCGGACUCAGAAGAUGUUACGAGUAAGAGUGGAAAUGAAAGUACGGAAGAUGAAAUGGAUGAUGAUGCUGUUUUGCUUCGUAAACCCAAACCCAAAUCUACCACAGAUUCUUAG